AUGGACAUGCAACACUUGGCCGCGGGCAUGCUGCCCUACCCGGAACUACCCGAGUUCGACUACACGUCGUUCCUGCAGGAUGACUGCAUCGGCUUGGAUCUGCAGCCUCAACCACCAUCCCACGAUGCACUACCCGGCACGUCGUCAGAGUCUUCCGACAAGUUGACGCCGUCCAGCUCCGACAACAAUGUCCCGGCAAGCGCUUCGACCGGCGUCGUUGCUCGCCGCCAGCCGGCCCAGCGCCAGAAGACGGAACGGCGCGGCCACACAAAGAGUCGUCGCGGAUGCUACAACUGCAAGAGGAGGCGCAUCAAGUGCCAAGAGACGCGUCCGUCGUGCGGCCACUGCGUCAAGACGGGCCUUAAGUGCGAGUAUCCCUCGCUGCCUCAAAUCACCCACCAGCCUCAUCACCAAAUCCCCUUGUUUAGCCUCCAGGACAUGCGCUUCUUCCAGCACUUUCUCACGCAGUGCUACCCGCACCACCCCCUCAAGCAGGAGGAGAAAUGGACCCAUGAGAUCCCCUGCAUCGCGCACAACCACGAGUUCCUGAUGCAUGCCAUCCUGGGGUUUGCCGCCUCGGAGCUCAUGCGCACAGACGACAGCAGCAGCCUCGUGACGGCAGCCAUGAAUCACCGCAUCAAGGCCAUCAAGGCCAUCAAGAAGCGACUGGCGGAAGCAUCCAGGGCCGAGAUUACGUACGAAGAAGCCAAUGCGCUCGUGGCGACGUGCUUUGCCCUGACGUUCCAGUCGGUCAGCCUCGACGACGGGCUCGCCGAGUACAUGACCUUUAUCCGCGGCAUCCUCCUUGUCGGGAUGCAGAUGAUGUUCAAGGGCAUCACCCCAAUAUUUGACAGCCUUUUCGAGGACCGCCAGAACGAACUCAUCGCCCCGCUGAUGCAGGACCUGCCGCUGAUCCAAAGCGGGUGGACAGAGGCUGCGGUCGAGGCCAUCUCGAACCUGCGGCCGCUCUGCGUAGACUCGGUCGAGGUGGCAUACCACGAACAACUCAUUGGCAUCGCGCAGAAGUUGCAGACCAGCUCUUUCGACGCCUACAAAGCCAACUCGAGAGAGUAUGCCUGGUGGAUGAUGCUCCCCCACGCGUCGUUCCAGGAACUCAUCAACCUCAAGCGACAGACAAUCAUCCUGCUGCACUCGCACUGGAUUGCCCUGUCCCAAAUCAUGGCCUUUAUCAGCGAGAGGGAGUACGACGUCAGAGAGAAGCGGCCGCCGCAGCAGGACAACAGCAUGGAUCCGGGCUUCAUCAGGUGGCUCAAGUACCUCAACGCGCGCGUCGAUUACGAGCACCAGGCGUACAAUCAGUGGCCCUUGUGGGUGGACGAGCAGCUGGACCGAGACAUGACGUUCUUUGGGAAGCGCAGAUAG